AUGGAAUUUAAGGAUUAUAAUCAUGCUUUAAUUCACACCGUCCGUAAUUCGCCAUAUUUGUAUGAUCCAUCCAAUAAACACUACAAAAAAGGACGGUCAAGGGUGGAAUUAUGGGAGGAAGUAUCGAAGAAGCUUCAAGCGAUGGGAUAUAAAACUACAGGUGAGAAAUGUCGUGAACGCUGGAACUGCUUGAAGGGACGAUUUGUGAGGGAGCGAAAUACUUUAAAAAAGUUGAGAUCAAAUUCACUGCCUUAUGUUCCAAAAUUUUCAUUCUAUUCUGCAAUGAAAUUUGUGGAACCGUUUUUGCCUGAUUCGCUUCAAAAGCAGCCAUGUGAAUAUAAUCCAUUAGAUUUUCAAGCAUCCGUGAAAUACGAGACCAGCUCAAACAAUAACAUAGAAGAAAGUAUUGACAAACAGCUUCAUCGAUUAUUGACACAAAAUGGUACAACAGCAAAUCACGAUGCUAUGAAUGCAAACGAAUUUGUUGAUGGUUCACAAGAAUCUCAACCAUCAGCUGCAGUUGCAAGCAAUAGCGUAACGGUACAUGCAUUGCAAAAAAUACCAUUGGUGGGUACGGAUUGUGCUCAAAUUUAUCCUCUGAAUGAAUCUUCUUUUACAAAUGAUCCAUUUGUGGUUGAUUUGACAAAUACAAAAUGUUGGAAUGACAUUGAUCAAGCUUCGUCUAGUACGACAUCUUGGCAAUGGUAUCACGAUGAGCUUCUGAAAUUCGUCAAUUUUUUUGAAAUACCAUCGUAUCAGUCAGGUUCAACAUAUGAUAAAAAUACAAAAAUCAUUCCAAGCUGUAGUUUUCUAACCAUGCUUAUUGAGACUAAUCUAUAUUUAUACACUAAUUUACCAAUACGAAUGGAUGAUAUUGUGCCUCGGAUGCUUUUGGCUUUGUAUACUGGUCUGCUGGAUGAAGGAAGCGGUGAGCCAUAUUUCUCACAUUUUAUAUGGCCGUUAGAAUUGGAACGAAAUAGUUAUGAUUGGGAUGGAGCAGUGGAGACAAUCAUUUCACGAUAUUCGUCAUCUGUACCACAAUCUGUUGAUGGUAUUAUAAAUACUAUCAUGGUGCUGUUGAACUUUGAUGAUAACCAUGAAGAUGUCCGAAGUUUGGUUGAGCAGCUUAUUCAAAACGAUUUGAAAGAAUCUUUGCUGCUUAAUUUGCGGUUACUCCUUUGCGGAUUUCAGUUAUUAACUCUGAAGACUUCUACUUUUUGCAGUAAUUUAAAUCAAAUUUUGGAAGAAUCAUUGGAUGGAAUCAUAAAUCCAUUUGUUAACUGGCAAUCUGAUCAGUUCCGAUUGAGUUGCAUACAAAUGAAUUUGCAACAGUUCAAAGCAACGAUAGCUUUUACUACUUAUCACUGUACUCAUUUGGAAGGGCGCAGUAGUUCUGUUUUGCAGAAGUCAUUUUUCCGCCAUUUUAUAUUUCACAAUAUUUUGUGCUAUCGAUUGAUUUAUGACGCUCAAGAAAUCAGUUCUACUCCAAUGCAUGAAUUUUCACGGUUCUUCUUCACCGGUGUGAUGAAAAAGCAACUUGAAAUCUUGUAUACAGCACUGAAUCUAUAUCAGGACAAUGGUUUCCGGAUAUCAGAAAGCCGCUUUCAUGGAUUUAGUUUUCCGGAAGAUGCCACAGCGCUGUAUUUUCCAAUUUGCCAACUUCUUUCACCUCUAUUCUGUCUCUGUUUGACUCCAAAAAUGAUACCCGAACUCUACGCAGUACUGUAUGGCUAUAUCGAUAAGACGGCAGUUGGUGAAUAUAAAAUUGAGGGAUUAAUUGAAUCAGAGCAACAACGAUGGAUAGAAGAAGGACGUGAAGUGCGGAAAUUAGUUGAACAUCGAAAAAUAAAUAUUAACAAUUAA